GGACCGUUCGAGAGGUGCGCAUGCGCUGGGAGUGAGGCGGAAGGGACGCAUCAUGUCGACAGAAGACCCGUUUUUCGUUGUGAAGGGGGAGGUGCAGAAGGCCCUCUCUCGUGCCCGGGGCCUGUUUGACAGGUGGGAGGAACUGUUGCAGGACGGGACACAGGUCAGUCGGGAUGAGCUGGACUGGAGUACCAAUGAGCUCAGGAACUGUCUGAGGGCCAUAGACUGGGACCUGGAGGACCUCAGUGAAACCAUCAGUAUUGUGGAAUCGAACCCGGGGAAGUUCAGACUCGGUGACAAUGAACUUCAGGAGAGGAGGGACUUUGUGGAGCGAACCAGAACAUCUGUCCAGGAAAUGAAGGAUCAGUUGUCCAGCCCUUCUGCUGUGGCUCAGGCAGAGAAGAAGAACAGACAGGCUCUGCUGGCUUCAUCAGGCCAGGACAGGUCAACGGGACUGGAGGCUCAUCUGGUGUCUGCAAACUCCAGAUACAUCCAGGAGCAACAGGAACAACAGCAGCUUAUCAUGGAGGAGCAGGAUGAGCAGCUGGAGCUGGUGUCGGGCAGCAUCAGAGUCCUCAAAGACAUGUCGGGACGCAUUGGAGACGAGCUCGACGAGCAAGCUGUCAUGUUGGGGGAUUUUGGAGACGAGAUGGACCAGACGUCGUCCCGCAUGGACUCGGUCCUCAAGAAGCUGGAGAAGGUGUCUCAUAUGACCAGCAGUCGGAGGCAGUGGUGUGCUAUCGGUGUGCUGGUCACCAUCAUGAUCGUGGUCCUCAUCCUCUUCUUCGCCCUCUGAUGUCGAUGACCCCCGACCUCUCGACUACGCUCACCGACUCCUCCCUGUCAGGGCAGUUGGACGGACGGACCGAUACGGGAAGAGGGACGUGUCUCUCCUCCCUCCCCCCUCCCGUCCCUUCUUUUCUUCACGCUGAAGGGAAACUGGUGACUGGCAGAGAGGAGUCAGGAUUUAAUCCUCCUCUAUUUGCUUUUAAUGAUUCUGGUGGGGUGGGGGGGGGAGAAAAAAAACAAAAAACAGCUGGUGACUGGCAGCAGCCAAACUUAGCAUGGGGGAAGCCCCAGUGGAAUUGUGUAUUUCAUAUUGGUACAUUUCAGUCGUUGGAAAUAAUGGUACUGAAUAGGAGGGUCAGGACAGGAAGCUGCUGCUGCUGCUGUCAGGUUAAAAUCACAGAUCUGCAUGAACUUUACGAAAUCAGGGCGCAUUCAAAACAUUUUCCCGUAUGUCAGGGCUUGAAAUUUACUCCCCACAACUGCUCAGUGGCAGUGAAAUCUGUUUCGUUGGCAAACCAGCCAAUGUCACCUAUGAAAUUGCGUGGUAACAUUAGGAAACACCGUUUGAACACCUCGGUUGUAGUUUCUUUUCUUCAAAACUACAAAACAGCCUAGUUUCCAUCAUCAUUCAUAACUUUUGAAUGGUCCCGUACUCCAUAACAACCCACGAACUUCAUCUGACGUAGUACUUGACCAAAAAGACAGA